CUUGCCUGUACACACGUCUCCACUCUUUUCGAUUGCUUUUGUUGUCAAGCUAUAAGUAAAAAGCUAACAUGUCAGGGGAUAAAAAGGAGUUUGAACAAAGUUUUACUUUUCGUCAUCUUCCCGCCAGGAAGUUCUCUUUCCUGGAAGAAAAGGAGACCGUGGAUCUGUUAAUGAAAUGGUCCAUGCUUGGGAGGCUCUCAGCACAAACGUUCAGCUUUGACCAGAAGUUCAACCUGUAUGCCGGUGAAAGGUUCGCACUGUGCUUCUUCAGAGAUGCCAAAGUGCUGUCCAGUCUGAGAAUGAUGGCAGCCUGGGAGCCUCUUAACAAACCCGUUGUGUCUGUUGAUGUGGAAGUGAUACCAUGCACAAAAGUCUCCAUGGACUUAUUUGACCCCAUUUACACUUGUGGCAUUGUGGGGACCUCUGGACGGAUCGCUGUAUGCUUCCACGAGGUCUACCCUGACUAUGACAAACUGCGGGAGAUGCUGCAGGAUGAGGACUCGCAGCACUACCACGUGGUUGGGAGAGCCGAGCGGGGGGAGUUUCUGUUUCACCUCUUUAAGCAUCUGUGCCUCGGAGGAGAGCUGAAUCAGUACGAAGACACCAUUGAGCCUUAUGUCAGCACCACCAAGAAAAUGUACAAAGAUCUCAUCAGUGUUCAAAAGGAUCCAGAAAGUAAAAAGAUCAGUGUUGUCUCCACAGUGCUCAAAGUCUACGUCUUUGAUGAAUCCGGCCAGCGUUACCCUGGGUCACAAGAGGAAGAGCAGACAUUUGCCUACAUGAUAGUGGACCCCUUCAAACGCCACGUGACUCUAUUCUGCCACUGUUUUGGUAUUGGAAACAUGUCCCUAUAACAUCGUUAUGGGGCCUUCUGAAUGCAUGAAUCACAGUAAACAAGGCAAUUAAAUUUGACAAUAUGUAAGGUAAAUGCUGUGCUUUCAGAAAUGGUCCUAAGGAUGAAUUAGUCUCAACUAUGUGUGGCAUCUCUACUAUUUUUAUGCCUAUUUUUGCCCUUUUCUCUCUCCACAAUAGCGGAAGGAGUUUGUCCAUAUUUAAAAGGUUAGACAUCCUCGCCUCGAGUUAACAUGAUAAGACUCUCCCCUUUCCUUGAAAGAGAAGGUUAGCAGAGCUGGGCAGUCUAACUCCUGACAUAUUUUAUUGUUCCUAGUUGUUAAUGCAUUUAUAUAUUGCUGUCUUUGGAAAUGUACAGCAUUGUUAUCUUGUGUUUUUCACUGUUCUUUUCAUAUGUUAUUGUCAGUAGGCCUUCAGUAAAUUGAAUCCCGUGCAAUGAAAUAA